AUGAGUGACGAGGACGUGGAGCGUAUGAGCAGUGUCUCUGCUGAGGAUGUCGACGACUCAGAGGCUGACAAAAACGAUAGACCAAGCACGUCCGAUAGUUCGGAAUACGAGGAUCGUCCAUCUACAAAAAUUGCAACAAAAGGUAUACCAAACCAUGGAAUAUCUGCAGACUCUGGAGAGUGCACCUCAAGUAAUGUCAAUAUUCCACUUAGGAAUGAUAGUAACAAGACACUUUUCGUGGAUAAGGAUAAUAUAACCUGGAGGAACCCUUCUGGUCGAAGCCUAAACAAUUUCGAUUGUGAUACAACCCACGGAAUACCCUCCAACAUCGUGGAAACCUUUAUUGGAAAAACAGAACUUGAAAUAUUCAAGUUAUUCGUCGAUGAUGAACUAAUUGACCUUAUGGUGCGGGAAACAAAUCGUUACGCUGAACAAGUAAUAACUGAAAAAAUCUGCGAUGAUUCAAUACCACGGCACUCUCGUCUGAAUGAUUGGGUAGAAACCAGUGCAAUUGAAAUUCAUGUUUCUUUGGGCAUAAUUCUGUGGAUGGGCCUAGACAGAAAGCCUUCUCUGUCUCACUACUGGAGUCGAUCUGAAUUGUAUAAUAGUCCUGCUUGCAAGUAUCAAGAAUGCUUCAUUCCAUCAGAGACUGUGUGCAUUGAUGAAACUAUGGUGCCGUUUAGAGGAAGAUUACGGUUCCGACAGUACAUGAAAGGAAAAAGGCACAAGUUUGGAAUAAAAAUAUUCAAGCUUUGUGGAGAUGGCGGUUACACCUACAAUAUGAAAAUUUAUUGUGGCAAAGAAUCUAAAAGGGAUGGAGUUUCAGUUGCAGACAAAGUAGUUUUCGAGCUCAAGAACAAUCUACUUGAUUCUGGCAGGAUUUUAGUUACGGAUAACUGGUACACUAGUGUGGGAUUGGUGAGAAGACUAUUAGCACGUUCAACUCAUCUUGUUGGGACUUUACGUAGUAAUCGUAAAUGCAACCCCAAAAAUGUCAUCACAACUUCUCUAAAGCGCGGCCAAAUCCUAGGCAUGGAAAGUGACGAUGGCAUAACAGUAUUCAAGUGGAAGGACAAACGUGAUGUCCUUAUGCUUACUACAAAACACAGUACAGAAAAAUCUGAUCAAGAGAGACAAAGACCCGUUGCCAUUAUGGAAUACAAUGCAGGCAAAUCAUUCAUAGAUAUCUCUGAUCAGAAAUCGUCUUAUUCUUCGGCUGUCAGAAAAGCUUUGAAAUGGUAUCGGAAGGUAGCAGUAGAGCUUUUAAUGGGAACAACAGUCGUAAAUUCGCUUUUUCUUUAUAAUAAAGUCAAUAGAAAAAGUACAUCCAUAAUAAAGUUCAGGGAAAAUUUGUGCUCACAGUUCCUUCACUAUGGACAGCCGUCCAAUGAUAAUAUAGGAAGACCACCACGGAGCACUCACAAGUUAUAA